AGUAACUACACACCAUUUUCCCAGUCUCUCAAAACCCUCCUUAACCCCAAAGUCCAAACACGCGCACACAGACUGAAUCCGCCCCAAUGCUGAUCCGACGAGCUGCAGCUCAGACCACCACAGCCGUUCUCCACCACCUCCGGCGCUUCUCCACCGCCGCGCUCCUUCAAGAGAUUGACACCCCAGUACAAUUCUAUUACCUCGACGGGUUCCCCAGGCCUGAUCCCAAAUACGAUGAAACCAUCCACGCGAUCCCACGCGUUAUUUCCGGCAAGAACAUCGCCGCAAAGGAGAGGAAAGCCGGUCGUGUCCCCAGCAUCGUCUUCGAGGCGGAAGAUGGCCAGCACGGGGGCAACAAGCGCCUCAUUUCUGUACAGACUAAUCAGAUAAAGAAGCUUGUGAAUCAUCUGGGUCAAUCUUUCUUCCUCUCCAGGCUUUUUGAGCUCGAGGUUCGGCCGGAGUUCGGGUCCAAUGAGAUUGUUGAGAAAGUCCGAGUUUUGCCCCGGAAGCUUCAUCUUCAUGCAGGGACAGAUGCAGUGCUUAAUGUUACGUUCAUAAGAGCUCCAUCUAGUGCUUGGUUGAAGGUUGAUGUUCCUCUUAUAUACAGAGGAGACGAUGUUUCUCCAGGCCUGAAAAAAGGGUCGGCAUUGAACAUCAUCAAAAGAACCGUCAAAUAUCUCUGUCCUGCGGAUAUUAUCCCUCCCUACAUUGAUGUGGAUUUAAGCGAGCUGGACGUCGGCCAGAAGAUCGUUGCAGGUGACCUCAAAGUUCAUCCCGCUCUCAAGCUACUAAGAUCAAAGGAUGAAGCUGUCUGCAAGAUCAUGGGUGCCAGGGUUUCUGACCAAAGGAAAUCCAAGUGAGUUGUCUAUUUCCAAAUCAAUACCAUCGCUAGAAACCAUUUUGAUUGUAACAAAAUCCAUUAUCUGGUGUAAACCCGUGUGUCUGAAAAAUCAUUCUAUUUUCACAAUUUGCAAUACUUGUUUUAGUUUAUUGGGGCUAUGGAGAGAAGCUCUAUAACAAGAAACCCUUCUCAUUA